AUGGCAGGACAGGCGACGACUCUGGGGAAAAGUGCGAUGGGGGGAGCUCUCCAUGGAGACUCGUCCUUGAAAGUCGCCAGCAAGACUCCCGAAAGGUUCAGAGCAGAUGCGGUGACGUCGAUUGACUGGUCAAACAUCAACUACCCUCCAGGAAUUCGACUUGUUCACUUCAACCCCGACGAGUUACCGACGCCUGUGGCUCGGCUGGCACGCGUGCUUCACGGGAUGUUUGUUGUCACUUCCAUCGUUCUCCUGGCUAACAUUGUUCACAGCGUCGUCCUUGUCAUUGGAGGCUUGCCGGCGUCGCGCAUCGGCUACACAAUUCCCAGCGCGUUCAUCCUGACGCCUGCUUCUGGAGCGACUUUCUAUCAAGGCUAUGUUGCGCUGGCCAUCUCCGACGAAAAGAAGAAGAAACGCUACUUUUUGUUUCAAUCUAUCUUUCUGACUGUCGCUCUGUUCCUCUUCGUCUCCCCGCUGGGCUCCGCAAACGGCCUUCUCGCGCUGAGCAGCAUGCAGAGCAAAAUACAGCGCUACCACCUGUCCAGCGGAAUGCACACUUUUUGGGUGUACGCGGCGGGUCUCGAAUCGACGCUCUGGUUCACUGCCUUUCUCCUCGGAGCUUACGGCAUGGCCGGCGUCAGGCGCUUCAACCCCUACCACUCCGAGGCGUCUCGCAGCCCUGCGUAG